AUGGCCAUGGCCACAUGCACCUACCAAAAUGUAGUGAAACUUGCACUUGCGCUAGUGGUGGUGAUUUUGAUCUUGGAAUCCGUUUCCGGUGUGGGCAUUAACUACGGCACCCUGGGAAGUAAUCUUCCUUCUCCAAAGAAAGUAGCUCAGCUUCUGCAAUCCACUCUGAUUAACAAGGUCAAAAUCUACGACUCAAACCCUGACAUCCUCGAAAACUUCUCCAACACCGGCAUCGACCUCAUCGUCGGCGUCGAAAACAACCGCGUGGCCAACAUCAGCUCCGACUCUUCCGCAGCACAAGAAUGGGUCUCAACACGCAUAGUACCCUUCAUUCCCGCCACUUCCAUCGUAGCCAUUGCUGUCGGAAACGAAUACUUAACCACCAACGUUGACGACAACCACGACCAUCUUGACCCAAAUGCUUUGUUCCGAGCCAUGCAAAACUUGCACACCGUUCUCUCAUCCCAUGGACUCGAUCACAAAAUCAAGGUCACAACACCACAUAGCAUGGCCGUUCUUGCUUCUUCUUUUCCUCCUUCUUCAUCAACCUUCGCCUUGAAUCUCAUUCCAGUCAUGACUGACAUCGUUGGCUUCUUAUCUGACACAAAUGCCCCUUUCAUGAUCAAUGCAUACCCUUACUUCGCUUACAGGGACAACCCCAGUUCCGUUAACUUGGAAUAUGCAUUGUUGGGGAACGCCACGGGAAUCCACGACCCGAAGGGUUAUGUGUAUAACAACAUGCUGGAUGCACAGAUUGAUGGUGUGAGAUCCGCUAUUAUAGCACUUGGAUAUGGAAAUCGAAGCAUUGAGAUAACAGUGUCUGAAUCAGGGUGGCCAUCUAAGGGAAACCCUGAUGAUAGUGCUGCCACGCUUCAAAAUGCAAAGAUAUACAACACGAGGUUGAUCGAACGUGCACAGUACUCUAACAGAGGAACUCCAAUGAAGCCUAAAGAUCACAUAGACAUAUUUGUCUUUGCUCUGUUCAAUGAGAACAAGAAAGAAGGAGAUGCGAGCGAGAGAAACUUUGGGAUAUUCAAUGGUGAUGGUUCGAAGGUUUAUGAAGUGGAUCUGAGCUGCGAGUUUUGUAGCAAUAAUGGUGGCACGUUUGGUUUUAGCGAGAAAUCAUCUGGUGGAGCUCGAGGUCCAUCGGUUUGGUGUGUUGCAAAACCUCAUGCAGAUGACAAGGUGCUUCAAACUGUGUUGGAUUUUUGCUGUGGGUCUGGUGGGGUGGAUUGUAGAGAGAUAUAUGAGGGUGGGGAUUGUUAUCAACCAAACAAGCUUCUUGCACAUGCGUCUUAUGCCAUGAAUUCUUAUUAUCAAAUGCAUGGUAGGAACUACUGGAACUGUGACUUCAAGGCAACUGGAAUUGUAACUUUUAGUGAUCCAAGCUAUGGAGCGUGCCGGUAUCCUCAACAGUAA